GAAAAAUAUUGUUUUCUGCCAACACCAAUUGCAAAAAGAAUACAAUAGGAAGAUGAAAAAUUUUUAUACUUGAAAGAUGCAAUAACAAAUGUAGCGCCUGUUCGGACGGAUUCCCAAGACGUGAACGACGCAGACCUAUCGUUAUCGACGCAGCCAGAGUACCUGAAUUUUAUCGCGGGAGAGCGAAAUCACAUUACCCUGAGAACAAAAAGCGCAACCACCAGCGCAGUCAUUAAGCGAGAUCCUUUCCCGACGUUUCGUCGACGCUAAUCACGAAGAGGGACGACGUCUUUCGCAUGCUAAAUGGAUGGUGCAGUCUCAUUACCUAAUUCUCGGUGUGCCGCGCACAGCCACCCAAGAGGUCGUUAAGAAAGCCUAUCGCGAGCUCGCGAAGAAAUACCAUCCAGACCGAAAUGCUGGAAAAGCAGCGACCAUGUUUCAGAAAGUGCAAGAAGCUUACACCGUACUUGGCGACGAAGGAAAACGAAGAGACUACGACAGCAGUAUGGUACUAUGGCUAGUCUCUAUGCAUUAACGUUGAUGUUGUUCCCUGCUUCCAUAAGGGGUCUCAAACAACCGCGGUGACCUGCUUCCAUAAGCGGUCAGUAAUUGAUGUCACAAACAACUUUCAUUGUUAAGAAACAGUUGGCAAAUUGUAAGCGCCUCUUUUAUCUGGUUCUACAAGAUGCAUGUGAUAGUUAAAAAAAAUGUUGCACUGUCAGGGCGUCACGUCAUCAAGUUCGAGUAGUCGGAAUCGUGAUACCAACUCCGUCGAUCCGGAUGUCAACGAGAAAGUGAAUCCAAUGGCCGGAAGCUGGAUGGACCCACAAGCGCCACGAAACCGCAAUCCGAAUGUUGAGCUAGCGAAAAAGCUGCAGCAAAAGCGAGAGCACUAUGAGAGGCACGGUUCGGGUCGGUACGCAAAUCCACAUUCAGCGGGUGCCAACCCAGGCGCAUACGCAUUCGCAGAUGCCGAAAGCCUGCGAGAUCUGUCCUUUGCGCAGCAAGUGGAACGCCUUUGGACAUCGACAUUGGUGUGUCGACAAGUGCUCCUGAUGGUGCCAUUUUUCGUCAUACCAGUGGGUCUACUAGGUUUUGUAUUCUGUACUUGCAUAGACCAUAGCAUGACGGGGUUAGGCAAGAAGAAAACGAAAAAGGGGAAAAUAAUUUACGACGAAGAGGGCAAGGCAUACUGUCGCGAUGCGCAGGGCUCCUACCGGAAACUCCCUUCAGCGUUGGAUAUUACAGACUAGAGCGUGUCGUAUUGUAAAGAGUCAUCACGUCCUGGCUUGUUUUUUGGUUUUAUGAAAAGCUGAUGGAGUGGCCUUCAGUUUUCCCGCUGUCAUCGACUGUGCAGCAAACCCACUGCCUGUAGACCU